AUGUGUCUCACCUCCGCCACGAGACGUCUGUGGACGUGACGCUUGGCUGCUACCAGCAGACUGAUGUCUCAGUGGUGUACGCCACUCUCCACAUGGGGCUGGACGGGCUUCUCUCCUCUUCAGCGUGGUCGGAGGCUGCCUCCUUCUCUACGCCCACCACUCAGCAGUUCACUGACCCAGAGCCUGAGGGCCACAACGGCUAUAAGGGUUGGGAGGAGGACCUGCUGCCUGAGGAGAGGGAGGUUCCUCUGCUAAACCUCUACCUUACCACCAAGAGAGUGGAGGACAUCGCCCUGAGGCUCGUCUCCCUGCGCCAGGCCUUCCCUACCCUGCUUCGUUCCACCCUGAGCAGGAACCAUGUGUUUGUGGCGGGAAAGGUCCUCCUGGGCGCACUGGUUCAGGCCAACCACAUGGACGGGGCCAAGUUCAUCCGUACUUAUAACGACUUUGUGGACUACCUGAGUGACCCCUCCAAGCGGAAUGACAUUGAGAGGGAGCUGGCUGAGGCAAAGAUCCAUCAUGUGAACAUGAUAGAUGUCGUUUUUGAGCUGGUGCUGUUUGGGAUGAUGACAGCUCAGAAGUCCCUGAUGGUGCACCCCGGUGGGUUUGUGGAGCGUCUGUACGCUCUCCUGUACUCCUUCCUGCCCACUGCUGCCAACAUGGAGCCAGAGGCUGACAGAUACCUGCUGCUGCUCAAUGAUUCUUGUGACACUUUGCCACCCAAGAGGGAUCCAGACACCAAUGCACUACAUUACUUUGCACUGAAUUUGACAUUUUUAAAUAAAAUAAGUUGUAGUUCAAAAACGUUUUUGUUUCCGUCUUUUCAUCUAUUUGAUUUUAUGACCAUUUCCUCUUCCUAGAGGUAUAAUGCUAAU